AUGCGACGUCGCGAGCUAGAGUUUGCAAUAGGUGACAAGGUGUUCCUAAAGGUGUCACGAAUGAAAGGAGUUGUGCAGUUUGGUAGUAAGGGUAAGCUUAGCCCUCGUUUUAUUGGUCCAUACAAGAUUUUGAGAAGAAUUGGGAAAGUGGCUUACGAGUUGAAGUUACCAUCUGAGAUGGCUAUGGUACACCCUGUGUUUCACAUUUCGAUAUUGAGGUUGUACAAGCCUGACCCUUCUCAUGUCUUGAAUCACGACGAGAUUGAAAUCAAUGAAGGGUUGUCUUAUGAAGAGGAACCUGUGCAAGUCUUAGAUUGUCAAGUUAGGAGGUUGAGAACGAAAGAUAUGGCUUCGGUUAAAGUCCUGUGGCGUAAUCAUAAUAUUGAAGAAGCUACUUAG